GUUUCGGCAACUUAGGACUGCUGUGGCCUUCUCAGUUAUGUCAGAAGCUCCUAAAAGUUUUGCUGCAUCCAGAGGUCAUGGUAAAGUAGGACCAGAUUACUUUGGUUACUAUACAUGUGAAGUAAAAGAGCUCUUAUCACAAGAUGAAGAUUUCCUGCCUUUUACUGUACAAACCCCUGAAAUGAGUAAAAGAAAAUGUGGCGAGGUCAGAGGCCAGGAUACAAUUGAUGGUAGAGGUAGUGGUGCUAGUUCUUCUUUUAGUGACAGCAUUGGAGCUGGGCUUUCAGAUUUCAAAAAGGAAAGAUUGAAGUCAUUACUAAGGCAGGGUGUGUUUGAUCUCACACCGGAAGUUGAUGAGAUGUUGGAUCCUGUUAUAGCCAUGUGUCAGUUACAAUCUCAAAUCAGAAAUAAGAAGUCUUUAUCAAGUGAUAUUGGUACAGCAUCCAAGGGUCAUGCAGUGGAAGUUCCUUUUAAGAAACAUAAGACAUCUUCUUCCUUCUCCUCAACCAGCAUCCCUGCACAUCCCAAUCCCCUCAAUUCUGAAUCUUGUAAAGAGGUGGAUGGUGAUUUGCAGUUCCUUCUAGAGAAUGACAGCUUGCAGGUUGAGGAGAUGUUGAAAAAAUAUUUUGAUGAACUCUCAGCAACACUAGGGCACAUGGAACAACAGCUUGAAGAACUUCUUAAUGCUGUGGUGUCAAAGUGCAGACCUAUGACACUUUCUGAGAAGCACGAGCUUCGGAAAAUGAUUCAAAAGCUACCGCCGAAUAACCUUGACCGUGUCGUUGAAAUUGUCCGACAUAAUAAAUCGGCAGAACCCCAAUCUUCUGAUGAAUAUUUUGUUGAUUUAGAAAAAGAGGAUAAUAUAACACUUUGGAGACUGUAUUACUAUGUUAAAGCAGUUCAGAAAGCUAGGGAGCUCUUAGCGUAGCUAACUCUCUUAAUAGCGAUGUCAU